GCAGGUCUGCAGGUGUGCUGGUAUGCGGGCUCCUGCGCGUGUUCCUGCUGGGCGCUGCUGCUGAACGGCCGUGCUAUUGCCAGACACCGCACUUGUGGGUGUCAGAUACUGCCCGUCUGUACUGGGCAGCGCGGCAGACGUUGCACAUCUGUGCUGGGCCCUGCACAUCUGCCACAGUGAUGCACAGCUGGCGUGGGCCUCGUACAUCUGUUCUGCGCUGUGUGUGUGUGUUCUCGGCACGGUGUGGUUGUCGCCGGAGGUUGCGCGCAUUGUGUCGGGACCGGGGAUGCCGGGUAAAACGUGUUUGUGAAAGUAGUGGGAGCAGCUACAAACGCUCACCUCAAGUCAUGGAGGGGGGGCUGCGGCACUCAAAGGUGCCCCUCAAUACCAGGCUGCCGUAGGGUGAGGCCGAAAACGCGGUACCGAAACGCGGCGGGGUGCUGGUUCCUGCGUGAGGGUCCUGCCCCAUCACUGUCCCACGCUGCAGGGCGCUGGCUUGCGUGGGGGCGGGCUGACCCCCUUCCCCGUGAACCGAGCUGGCUGUCACUAGAUGGCAGCAGGGCCACGUAGCAGUGCCACCACUGCCACUGCUGUCACUGUCCCCAUUCCAGGACAGAGGCCGCCAUUCCUGGGUGCAGGGCAGGACCCGCUUCCACGCUAUAGCCACCAUCACGGCCGGCCCCAGGGGUGCUCGUGGUCCUGGGGGAGUCUAAAGGAGCAUCGUGCACCUGUGCCUGCGCAAGGCCGACCAGAAGCUGGUGAUCCUGAAGCAGAUCCCUGUGGAGCAGAUGAGCAAGGAUGAGCGGCUGGCAGCGCAGAACGAGUGCCAGGUCCUCAAGCUGCUCAACCACCCCAACGUCAUUGAGUACUACGAGAACUUCCUGGAGGACAAGGCGCUCAUGAUUGCCAUGGAAUACGCCCCAGGGGGCACUCUGGCAGAGUUCAUCCACAAGCGCUGUAAUUCCUUGCUGGAUGAGGACACCAUCCUGCACUUCUUCGUGCAGAUCCUCCUGGCCCUGCACCACGUGCACACCAAGCAGAUCCUGCACCGUGACCUGAAGACCCAGAACAUCCUCCUGGACAAGCAUCGCAUGAUCGUCAAGAUUGGAGACUUUGGCAUCUCCAAAAUCUUGAGCAGCAAGAGCAAAGCCUACACAGUGGUGGGAACUCCAUGCUACAUCUCCCCAGAGCUCUGUGAAGGGAAGCCUUACAACCAGAAGAGUGACAUCUGGGCCCUGGGCUGUGUGCUCUACGAGCUCGCCAGCCUCAAGAGGGCUUUCGAAGCUGCGAACCUUCCUGCCUUGGUGUUGAAGAUCAUGAGUGGGACUUUUGCCCCAAUAUCGGAUCGAUACAGCCCCGACCUGCGCCAGCUCAUCCUCAGCAUGCUCAACCUGGAUCCUUCCAAGCGGCCCCAGCUGAAUGAGAUCAUGGCCCAGGCCAUCUGCAUCCGGCCCCUCCUGAACCUCUACACAGACGUGGGCAGCGUCAAAAUGAGGAGGCCUGAAAAACCCUUGGCUCCAGUGCCCACAGUGACCCACAGCCGGACAGGGGGACGGGCGAGCAGUGCCAGGCCGAGAGGUGUCCGAUGUGGUUCAGCCAAGACAGGAAUCCCACCCCCACUGUCAUCCAUCUACACGUGGGGCAGUGGGAUCACCACCCCUCUCCGCCUGCCCAUGCUGAACACUGAGGUUGUGCAGGUCUCUGCUGGCAGGACACAGAAGGCUGGGGUCACCAAAUCUGGGAGGCUCAUCCUGUGGGAGGCUCCUCCCAUGGGUGCUGCUGGGGGUCCUUCUCUCCCAGGAGCCACCGAGCAGCUCCAGCCUCAGUUUGUGUCCCGCUUUCUGGAGGGCCAGUCUGGAGUGACCAUCAAACAUGUGUCCUGUGGUGAUCUUUUCACAGCCUGCCUCACAGACAGGGGGAUAAUCAUGACCUUUGGCAGCGGCAGCAAUGGCUGUUUGGGGCACGGAAACUUCACGGAUGUGAGCCAGCCCAAGAUUGUGGAGGCCCUGCUGGGCUAUGAGAUGGUGCAGGUGGCCUGUGGCGCGUCUCACGUCCUGGCGGUCUCCAACGAACGGGAAGUGUUUGCCUGGGGCAGGGGGGAUAAUGGUCGGCUUGGGCUGGGCACCCUGGAGUGCUACAACUGCCCCCAGCAGGUCACAGUCCCUCCAGAGCAUGAGGCUCAGAGGGUCAUCUGUGGCAUCGAUUCCUCCAUGGUCCUCACAGUGAAGAACCAGAUUCUUGCUUGUGGGAGCAACAGGUGUAACAAGCUGGGCCUAGACCGGAUCAGUUCAACAGAGGAGCCUUCCCCAGAGGACCAGGUGGAGGAGGCCACUGUGUUUGUGUGUGCCCAGUCAGCCCCCUUGAACCAAGAGUCCAUUGUGUGUGCUGACAUCGGUACAGCACAUUCUGCUGCUGUCACAGCCUCUGGCCAUUGUUACACCUUUGGGAGCAACCAGCAUGGGCAGCUGGGCACCAACUCCUGCCACAGCAGCCGUGUGCCCCACCUGGUUUUGGGGCUCGAGAUGAUGAAGGUCACCGUGGUGGCUUGUGGAGAUGCCUUCACUGUGGCCAUCGGAGCAGAUGGCGAGGUGUGCACGUGGGGGAAAGGAGCCAGGGGACGCCUGGGCAGGAAGGACGAGGAAACUGGAGUGCCGAGGCCAGUGCAGCUGGAGGAGACACAUCCAUACCUGGUGACCUCUGUUGCCUGCUGCCACGGGAACACACUGCUGGCAGUAAAGCCUGUUGUGGAGGAAUCGCCUUCCCAGUGAGUGAGAGCAGCCACAUCCUGCUUUUCCUGCUGCUCACGGCGGCCUGGCUCAGACACACUCCAGGCUCCAGAGCUCCUCAGCUGCACUCCAAAGGCAGCACUCCGGAAACAGAGAGCUCCUAACGAUGGUUCCCAAGGAACCAGAGCUGGUCUCACUUAUUAUUCACUUCACUGUAUUGUCACUGUGAACCUCCAGUGCCUGAGAGUCGCUGCCCCGAACGUGCCCAGAGCUGUGGUGCUCUCUUCAAGGGGUCAUACUGUGGCUCUUCCCUUCCCUGCUGGAAGUGCCUGUGUGGAAGAGUGAGGAGCACAGAGGUUGUUUUCCUCUGUGGAAACUGUUUCUGGUUACAAAGCCCAGGCUGACAGCUCCAUGUGUGAGAGAGCUGUCAGCCUUUGCACAGCAGCGUCUGGAGUCAGGGCCCCAGGCGCUGUGCUGGGUAACUAAAUGCAAACCUCUUUACUAAUUAGAGAAGUCUGUCCUUUCCCAUCCCCCCCUAAAACGUUUCACCCAUUUAUUGAGCACACUUUGGAGGGUCUUGUCUGCACGCCUGGCCGAGCUCUGCAUGAGCAACCUCCCUGUGCUGCACAGCUCUCCCCAAAUGCUGCCUGGAGCUUUCCAAUUACAGCCUCCCCUGGCCCCAGGAGCUCACUGGAGGAUCCUCCAGCUGACAUUUGUCCUCAGGCCCCUCAGUCCUGCUGCUGACGGCACACUGGCUCCCAGCUGAGCUGGGGAAGGCAGCAAAACACAGCCAGUGAUCGUCAGUACUUGAAGUUUUUUAACCCAGUUUUGUCCAGGGAGCUGAUGAGUUUUCACCAAGGGUCUUUUCGGGCAGGAGAAGCACAUCCAUUUGUUAUGGACAGGAGUCACGUUUUUUGUCUCCAGAAGGGUUGUUUCCUUUCUUUUUUUUCCUUUUAUUUUCUUUUUUUAACUUACAUUUGCCCUGGGCCAUUUUUUGAUGAGCUUCUGUCUCUGAUCUGUCUGACAUUGCAAAUGCUCUUGCCUUUCACAUCCAUCUUUGUGCUGUUGCCAAUCUGUUGUGUAUAAAGUCAGUGCUUUCAUAAGCUG